CAGCAUGUUCUGAUUGUGUUACUUUUAGUUACAAAGUGAGUUCCGCAGUGAAAGGAAACGUGGAUGAUUUGGUUUUUUUACUGAAGUGGUAAACGCGAGGAGCUUUUCUCGUUGGAAUCGCUGAUUAGACGUGGCCGAAAUGAAGGGGAAAAUUACAACCCACGCAUUUCCAUUGGUCAUCCUUGUGUUUGGGGUGAGUGCGCAUGCCGGGAUUCCCCCCCGAACUGUUGCAGCCUCUCGAAAUGGAGCAUCUCUAAAUGUCAAGGAUACGGUCGAAGAAGUUAAGGACGAAUCGUCAGGAGCUGAAAGUGUAGUACAAGACUGGAAUUUGGUGUGUGAACAACUCUGCCGAGCAGGGUUAGGGGGCCCUCCAUGUGGCCCCCAGUGUGACAACAUUACUGAAACCUAUACGGACCGGCUCUCUGAAGCAGCAAAUUAUCUUCUCCAGGACAACAGAGACGACAUAUGCAAUAUCCUCUGCUCAAUAGAUUUAGGUCAAACAUCGUGCACAUGCAUGGUUCGAUCAAGGAUUCCAGCAGAGAGAUUAGAACGUGACACCGUCUGCAAAACAUUUUGUGAGCGAGGAAAAGUUGCACUUCCAGGUUGCAGUCCAUGCACACAUCAAUCGGUAAUAAACGAUAGCUCGGGCGGCACACCGAGUGAAAAUUCAAAGGUUCAGACCGCUUCGCAAACGCAACCUCAGUCAGGCAAAACAAUGGAAUCCUUAGCUCUUAAUUCCACCCCUUCAACAACGCCGGACUGGAAUGAAUAUUGCCUAACACUGUGCAAAAUAGGCGAAGGCGGGUCAUUGUGCAAUUGUGAUUUGCCACCGUUUUUCUGAGAAAAUGGUUGGUCGAAUCACACACUCUCUCAAUUCAAAUAUUUAAAUUAUUAUAUAUAUUUUUUAAAAAUGUUUACAAUGUAACCAAUAUUUGUCACUAUUUCACUUAUAUUUCCCUUAAGCAUCCACUAACACUUGCCAAAAGUGAAUUUUCUUGGUUCGGUUUUCCUCGGUUCAACGUUUUUAUUCGAAACGAAUAACAAAACACAAAAGGGCUUCCAAAGCAUUCAAUUCAUUGGCGAAAUAUUAAUGCAUUCCAAAUGAAGAAAAUCAAUGUCUACAUAAAAAUCACAAAACGUGUAAAUAGAAAUAUAUGUGUUUAAUAUUUCACCAAAAAACGCAUGUUAAUUAGUACUGAUAAGGAUAAUAAACGCAAGCAAAAGCCAUUUUUCAAAAUAUAAAUUAUAUUGUUGGAAAUUGAUAGAAUCAGCAUAUCAAUUACAAACAAUAAAAUUUACAAGAAAAAUAUACUUUAACAAUUCCACAAAUUCCUGCAUAAAAGUUGAUGUCAUUAUUAAAAAGCACGAGCACAUAAAUAUACAUAUGAAAUACCUAUAUCGCUACAAUAUCAAAAAUUUGAAAAACCCUAUCUAUAAGGAUACUUUUAGCAAAUACUAAAAUUGUUGGUAAAUAUUUUCAAGGCCUAUCUUAAUAUACAGCGUGGCAGAGAAGUUGUUAAUAUUUGACUAAUCAAAUUCGAUUGCGACUCGAAAAUUUAUGUAAUGAAACAAAAAAAACUUGCUGUGACUGACAAUAAGAAAAUACAUUGACAUGUGAAAACCCGAGGCCAAAACUUCGAGUUGGUGAAUGUAUUCCAAGACACAAUAUUGGAAAAUAUAAGGUUUUGGACGAGAAAAUAACACGAGAAAUUAAUUAGGAAGUAAGAAGUAAUCUCAACGCACUAAAACCCCUAAGAAAAACUUCAAAAUACUUUAUGCUUCAUGCAGUUUAUUUCAGAUCCUUACAAAGCACUAAAUAUAUAAAACGCAAAUAUAAAUAUGUAUCUAAGUAUGGAAUUAACAAUCUAACAACAUUUAAUCACUAACACCAAACAACACUUAUAAACUCUAUUGGAUCACUUCACUUUAACAACCAACGAACGACAUCCGCAUGGAUGGAUGCCGCCGUUGCAGAAGAUACAAAGUUACAAUUAAAUGCUAGCAACAACAACAACGAGAAAGCGAGAGCAAACUUACCGCAAAUACGUUUGGAGUUUGGUCAGCUUCCAAAAAAUUGUUCGUUUACUUAAAGCAUUCAGCAAAUCAAUUGGUUACGCAUAAAAAUUAUAAUAAUCGUAAAAUCUAUUAAUUAAUGGAAUAAUAAUGGAAGCAACAAUAAUAAAUUAAAUUCAAAGCCAAUAUUAUAUUCGAAGCAUUUACGAAACUAAAAUGGACACAAUGAAUUAUUUCAUAAAUAAAUGUAUUUCAUGUUGUAAGCAACGA